AUGAAGUCAAGAAAAGCUCCGGGCAACGAUGAGAUUACUGCUGAUCUUCUUAAAGCUGGUGGUGAACCAGUUAUCAAGUGGUUACAUGAAAUUUUCAGUGAUGUAUGGAAACACGAGGAAAUGGUAGAGGAAUGGAAUUUAGCAAUUUUGAUUAAAUUAUUUAAAAAAGGUGACAAACAACUGUGUGACAAUUACAGAGGUAUUUCACUUCUCAGUGUGACUAGUAAACUCUUAUCUCGUAUUAUAUUGAAUCGUAUUCAACUCCUGGUCGAUCGUCAAUUAUUGGAAGCACAGUCUGGAUUCAGAUCUAAUAGAUCUACAAUUAAUCAAAUUUUCACAUUAAAAUUAUGUAUGGACAAACGUAGAGAAUUUAACAAGCCCUUAUUCAUGUGCUUUAUUGAUAUUUCAAAAGCCUACGAUUCUGUUAAUCGUGAACUAUUAUGGAAAGUAUGCAGAAAAUAUGGAAUAUCGGAAAAGCUAGUUAAUCUUCUAAAAAGGCUUUAUACAAAUUCAAAAGCAAAGGUGAAAAUAAAUGGUGAAUUCUCCGAUAGUUUCGAAAUUUAUAAUGGUGUAAUGCAAGAAGGCAUUCCCUCUCCAAUUUUAUUCAAUAUUUUAUUUUAUUUUAUCAUCAGGAAGGUUAUCGAAGAAGCAGAUGUGAUAGGUGUACAAUUUUCUUAUGGAAGAAAUGACUCUUUUCACGGUGUCAAUUUAGGUGACCGUAUAUCAAAUGAUAAAAUUUUAGAAAUCACUGGACAGCCACCAAUUGAAACAAUUCUACGUCGAAACAGAUUAAGGUGGGCUGUGAAUCGAAGAAAUGAUGACUUGGCUGCAUCUCACGGAUUGAUCAAAAGAAAAGUAACAGAAAUUCUAGUUAAAAGUACAAAUAAUCAUUAUGCUUGUCCUGGUUGUGGAAUUCAACUUAAACCUCAAGGAAUUACGAAUCAUGUAAAGUCGUGUGUUAAUGCUCAAGUUUGGUGCAAGAACAAUAAAAUUAAAUUUUAA